CCAGUUCCUAAACUAAAAAGCUGUUUUUGUUUCAAUGGAGAUUCUUGCAGGAGUAGACCUAAUCUUUGUCCAGGAAAUCUUUGUCAUAACAAGCUUAAUAAGAUUGUGCACUAUAACACUUCCAGUACCAAACUAGCUUGAUACGUUGGUGUGAGAUCUAUUCAAUUGUUUAGGGAGAAUCCAAUUGUGCUGGAGUUUCUUCCUUUUAAUCACUGAACUAGCUAACACAUUCCUAAUCAUCACUCUUGUGUAAAGAGCAGAUGGACAAUAAAGUAUUCAUCAUCUUCUCUCUAGUGUUCCCAAAGAGCAGAUGGACAAUAAAGUAUUAUUCUUCUCUCUAGUGUUCCCAAAGAGGAGAUGGAGUUCCAGUCCAACCUGGAACAGAUCAAGGAGCAUGAGGAGGCCAACCACUCUACUCCUCUCCUGGGGGGUCUGAGUCGCCUCCUGGGGGUUCAGUCCCCAGUCUUCCCCCGCUCCUCCACCUCCUCCCGGGUAUCCCUCCUGCGCCGGCGCCCCGGGGCUCCAUUCAGCCGCUUCCCCCUCUUCCUGCACUCCGAGGGGGACCCGCCAAUGCCGAGCCUCGGCCCUGGUCCCUGCCACAACUCCAGCCACCCGGACUACGCCUUCUCCUCCAUGCCGCUGUACGAGAGGUCCGGCUUCUACAGCUGCCCCCAGACCCCCAUCCAUUGUGUUCCCCCCACUAUGCCUCGUCCGCGGCCCACCCGAGGAGCUCACGCCUGGGAUCGCAGCUCCAGCUCGCUGGCCCCUCCGAUGGUUGGCUCUGGAGGUCUGCUGCCCCCUGAUACUCCAGGUCAUAUGUUCCCUCCACCCUCGUCUGCCUUCCCCUGGCUGAGUGAGGAGGGGGAGGGUCCUUGUGUUCCAGCUUUCUCCUUCCCUGACCCUGGCAAUCCUCCGGAGCUCUACCCCAUGUCGAAGCUCCGGCCCGGGCAAGGCCUGCUGUCUCGAAGGCCCCCGCCUCCACGCCUCUCUCUGGAUAACACACCGUCGGCCGAGGGCCUGCAGCCUAGACCCAUCAGCCCCCGGGGAGUGGGAGGUGGAGGGGAGAGGGUGUUCUCCUUUACCCCUCCCUCUCGCACCCCAGCUACCAAUCCCAAUAACAGCUCCUCCUCCUGUAUUAACACCACCAACCCCAACACCCCCAACCCCAACACCACUACUACAACCAACUUCUGCAAUGGUACCAACCCCAACAACUUUUGUAACCAUGCCAAUUUCAACAACAACACUAGAGCAGCAGGGAGCAACAGUGGAACCAAUGGUGGUCUAAGCAACAAUGUUGUGAACACCUCCAUUUCCACUUCCACUUCCGGGUCCUCUCAGCAAGAAGCCAAUCAGCAUCGAAACUCACCCAAUGAUUCAGGGAUUUAAUUGGCUGAGGGGGGGGCCCUCACUGGCUGGGAGCUCUGUUAGUGGAGAGUGGGAUGAACAAGGCCCCUGGGGGGUGGGAGCAGGACUGAGGAAGGAGGGAGAUGAUUGGACAAGGCCCCUGGGGGGUGGGAGCAGGACUGAGGAAGGAGGGAGAUGA